AUGCCGCCAUCUGAGCAAGCGGUACCACUCCGGAGGGGAGGGGCGAUGGUAUGGGCCUUGAUGGUAUUGGCCGCCGACGUGGCGUUCGCGCAGCACCACGGCGCCAAGUUGGUGAACCAGUCCGAGUACACAGAGCUUGGCAUCAACACGGCGGAUCUGAACCAAGGCAAACGCGUAGACGACGAGCCCAAGCUCGAGCAGCACUCGCAGGGCUACGAGGUCGCCACGGACUUCAGCCUCGCGGACGAGGCCGGGCGGGACGUGCUCCUGGAGGCCGCGGCCCUCGGCGGCCCGACCGAGGGGUACAGGCCGUCGGGCAGCGUGCUGGUGCUCCGCUUCCGGUCGCACAACAUGACCUUCAGGUACAAGUUGUACCGCAAGACCGCGGCGCCCUCAGGUGGCAGAGUCGUCGUGCACGGCACGGACGGAAAGACGGAGCGUGCUCUCAACCAGGCUGGCGUCUUCAGGAGCCCUGGCCGAGACGCAGUGUUGACCACGGUGGGGCAGAGUUUUACGGGCACCGUGUGGGUUGGAUCCAGGACGUUUGACCUUCGGCACCGGCACGGCAGCAGCACUCUGGAGGUGAGGCGUUUCGACGCCAAGCUGUCCGCCGAGACAGGGGUGGGCAGUCUGCGCCCCAACGGCUCAUCGAAGGAGCCCGCCGUGGACAGGCGUUUGUCGAUCCUGAAUCCCAGCGCGAUCGACCAGUGGACUGGCUGCUAUCCUGGAGAGGAGACCAUGCGCACCUUCAAGUUCGGCGCGGUCAUCACGUCCAACGUUUGGAUAAACGAGAAUUUCCAGACCGACCUAGAGGCAGAGGAUUGGAUCCACGCUAUGGUCGAAAAUGCGAAUAUGGCGUACGAGCCCCAGCUCAACAUCAAUUUGCAGUUGGGGAGCCUCUACAUUCAGAAGACUCACGACGGCGCUCCCGGCUGGGACCAAGGCCCCUCGUGUCCGAUGGACCUCAAUGCCCAGUUGUGGCAGAUGGUUUUAUGGGAGCCUACAGCUCCGGACACCACCAUGGGCGUGUGGCAUAUUUUCGACGAUUGCUAUCAGCAGGCGUAUAACGGUGGAAGUGGCCUCAUCGGCCUUGCGUACAUCGGGGUAUUGUGCUACGAUUGGGGAUACAACGUAGGAGCCAAUUGGAUAAGCCACCUCCCUUACACAAAUCCCACUUGGCAUAUAUUCGCACAUGAGAUGGGACACAACUUCGGAGCCCAACACUCGUUCGAGCAGGGCACAGGAACUACAGGUGGCAUCAUGGAUUAUGGCGAUGGGACGGUCAACGGCGUCUAUCGGUUCAACGACCUCCGCUUUUCUGACAUCUGCACUCAGCUCACCAGCCAAGUCAACACCUGUUCAGGCUUCUCGACUUUCGAGGCCGUCUGCGGCAACGGCGUCACGGAGCCAGGCGAGGGCUGCGAGUGCAGCGACAGGUCGCAGGCUUGCGACGGGUGCUGCAGCUGCCAGCUGGACGCGCGAAUUGGUGCUCCCGCGGAGCCGAUGCAGUGCUCGCCUGACGCCAUCGGCCACGGCGGCUGCUGCAACGAGCGGGGCAUGUUCGAAGACGUCGGCACCGAGUGCACGCUGGCAGAAGUACGCGGCUACUGCAACCAGGGCGCGUGUGUCACCAACCACAUCUGCGCAUACAGCGGCAUGUUCGAAGGCUUCUGCGGGCUCGAGGCGGACGGCUGCAAGAUCAAGUGCACCCAGGCCGGAGACGGCACGUGCAUCAGUCUCCGCAGCUGGGAGCUGAACGGCGAGCCCAUCAACAACGUCCCGGAUGGAACGCCUUGCACGGAGAGCGGCUACGCCGGCAAGUGCAACGCUGGCGACUGCAAGCUCCCUACAGAGGUGAGCAUCUCAGGUGAUGCGACGACCGAUUCUCCAGCGCAACUCAUACCUCGCUCGACAGCCGCCAACUUCCGCGGGUGCGUGGGGUUCGCCGACCGUGGUUUCCUCGGCCACGCAGACGUAGCAGUGUUCCUCACGGGAAAAACUCUCACUCAGUGCAAUCAUGAGUGCCAGAAUUGGUGGCAGUGCCAUUCUUUUGUUCACAGGGCGGACACGGGUUUCUGCGAGUUGUGGUCAAUUAAGAAUUUAGCGGAAGACUUGGCGGUGGUGCCAGGCUACGACACUUACAUAUGUGAUGCCUACGCUGCUGGCUUAGAUUUCCUCGACGCCGAUUGCGACGAGAACGCUGACGCAGUCGCACCAGGCGUCCCUGCACUGGAGCGCAGCGCAGAUAAUGGGCACACCCGGGGCACUUGCUACAAUACGUGCAAGGCAGACCCUGGUUGCCACAUGUUCGUCUUCGUCGAAGGGACCGGCAGUUGCCGGCUAUACCCUUCCGAGGUCUCUGAAGCUAAUUUGGUGUACAGGGACCCCGGUGAGGGCUACAUCACAUGCACUCUACCGUGCCACGGCAGUGGCAAGAUUUGCCCAUGCCGCGAGAGCCCCACCUCCAAGAUCCGGGUGCCGUGCCAGUGCGAUGCGUCCACCAGCCCUUUCGAGAACGAGUGCGACAUCAACCAGUACUGCUACCACGGAACAUGCGCCGACUCCCCGCAGCGUCGGCUGUCCAGCUUCUGCGCGCCGGCUCCACCACCCACCCCAGCCUCCGUGACAGCCGCGCCAACACCAGCGCCCACCAGCUCGCCGAGCCCCGCGCCGAGUCCCGCGCCGACCACAGCGCCGACCAGCUCGCCGACCCCUGCGCCGAGUCCCGCGCCGACCACCGCGCCGAGCCCCGCGCCGACCAGCUCGCCGACCCCCGCGCCGACCAGCUCGCCAGGUCCCGUACAGACCAGCUCGCCGACCUUCGCGCCGACCAGCUCGCCGACCAUCGCGCCGACCAGCUCGCCAACGCCAGCACAGCCUCCGACUUCAGCACCAACGCCAGCGCCGACGCCAACACCUGUUUACGCCAUGGUCUACAGCACAGGAAAGUGCCAGGGGGCUGGGACCAUCACCACGGCUGGGAGCCUCGAGGAAUGUGCCAUUCUUUGCGACGCAACACUGAAUUGCCUCUUCUUGAGCUACUCUGUUGAUUCUGGUGGGUGUAAGCUGUCUGAAGACUGUGACAGCGUGGGCUUAGACACCAGCUACAGCGUGUACCAGCUUGGCGCGACCCCAGCUCCAACUGCGUCACCAACUCCACUGACGUGGGGCAUAUACGGCACCGGAAAGUGCAAGGGCACCGGGACGACAGAUUUUUCCGGAUUGACCGUCGAUGAUUGUGCCAGCUUGUGUGCUCAGGUGAAUGGUUGCCAGUUCUUCAGCCAUUCUUCGACGGAGUGCAAGGUGAGUGCUGACUGUGACAGCGUUAAUACAUUCCUAUCGCCCUUCACAGUCUACCAGCUGUAUUUGACCCUGGCACCCACGUUCGCGCCCGGGGUCCCGACACCUGCGCCCACCCCUGUGACGUAUGGGAUCUACGAUACAGGAAAGUGCAAGGGCACCGGGACGACGGACAGCUCAGGAUUGACCGUCGAUGGGUGCGGCAGUUUGUGCGCGCAGUCGAUCGGGUGCCAGUUCUUCAGCCAUUCUUCGACAGAGUGCAAGCUGAGUGACACCUGUGGCAGCAUCACUCGUUCGACACGGACUUCACGAUAUACCACUUGGCAUUGA